AUGGCAAUCGAAAUUGUCCCUUUGACCAAGGCCGAUAUACCAUCGGCCGUAGAGUGCGUUCAGAAAGCUUUUUCCGAUGACCCUUACUUCCGUUGGGCAUUCAAUGAUCCUUCUAAGUUCAACACUCAGCGAAACGCAGCGUCUUUAGCGGCACACUUUCAGUAUGGCCUUAGCUGCGACUGCCCUAUCUCGGUUGCCAAAGUAACCUGCUCUAUAAGCGACCAAAAGGUUGACCGUGACUUCAACCUAGCACCAGGCAGCGUUGUCGGUGUUGGCUGGUGGUACUCACCUCAGGCAGCACGCGCAUCUCAAACUUGGUCCAUCUGGGCGCAGGAGUGGCUCCUUUCUUUUCGACAGCUCCUGAAUAAUAUUCGCUUCCUAGGCCGAGGCGGCCUAAAUGUGCCUCGAUACUGGAUCUGGAAGCAGGUCCAAAUGGAGGCACAUAAUACUCUCUGGACAGAUCCUCGUGGUUACUACUUCUGUAACAUGGUGGGUGUCAGUUCUCAGGCUCGUGGAAUGGGCGUGGGGAAACGAUUGAUGGAAAGUGUUAUGGAGAAGGCAGAUCGAGAAGGUAUGCCGUGCUACUUGGAAAGUAGUAAAGGCCACCCGAAUAUUACCAUCUAUGAAAAGAUGGGGUUCGAGCUGAUCAAAGAGAUUCAAUGUGUCGAAGGCGGAGACGUCUGCAAGCUAUAUUGCAUGAUCCGAAACCCGAAGGCCAAGUCUUAA